CGCCCGGCACAGCCCCGCGAGCACCUGCUUCCGGACGCGCUGUGCGCUGCUUCCCGCUUGUCUGGGGUCUCCGCGGGGUGUCCGAGCCGGCGCGGCCGCAGUCCCUCACGAUGGGCAAGAAGGGCAAGAAGGAGAAGAAGGGCCGCGGGGCUGAGAAGACAGCAGCCAAGAUGGAGAAGAAGGUGUCCAAACGUUCGCGGAAGGAGGAGGAAGACCUGGAGGCCCUCAUAGCCCAUUUCCAGACACUAGAUGCCGAGAAGACUCAGAUUGUGGAAACCCCGUGUUCCCCACCUUCACCAAGGUUAAAUGCCUCUCUUUCUGCUCAUCCUGACAAAGAUGAAUUAAUCCUUUUCGGAGGUGAAUAUUUCAAUGGCCAAAAAACUUUUCUGUAUAAUGAGCUCUACUUGUACAACAUCAGGAAGGACAGCUGGACUAAAGUCGACACCCCCAACCCACCUCCCAGGCGCUGUGCCCACCAGGCAGUGGUGGUGCCUCAGGCUGGUGGACAGCUGUGGAUCUUUGGAGGGGAGUUUGCCUCUCCCGACGGAGAGCAGUUCUACCACUACAAGGAUCUCUGGGUCCUGCAUUUGGCCACCAAGUCCUGGGAACAAGUCAAAUCAACAGGGGGUCCUUCAGGUCGGAGUGGACACCGGAUGGUGGCCUGGAAGAGGCAUUUAAUCCUCUUUGGUGGCUUCCAUGAGAGUACAAGGGACUACGUCUACUACAACGAUGUGUAUGCCUUUAACCUGGACACGCUCACGUGGAGCAAGCUGUGCCCGUCAGGGAUGGGACCUACGCCACGGUCAGGGUGCCUGGUGUCUGUCACGCCGCAAGGCAGCGUCGUCGUUUAUGGUGGCUACUCAAAACAGAGAGUCAGGAGAGAUGUGGACAGAGGCACACAGCACUCGGACAUGUUCCUGCUGAGGCCCGCGGAGGGCAGAGAAGGCAAAUGGGAGUGGUCUCGGGUCAGCCCUGCCGGCGUGAAGCCCACUCCAAGGUCUGGGUUUUCGGUGGCCAUGGCCCCAAAUCACCAAACACUGCUCUUUGGGGGUGUCCGUGAUGAGGAGGAUGAGGAGAGCCUGGAGGGUGACUUCUUCAAUGAUCUGUAUUUCUAUGAUGCCACCAGGAACCGCUGGUUCGCAGCACAGCUAAAGGGACCCAGGAUAGGGAAGAGACAUCGCCGGCGGGGCAGGAAGGCUGGGCCUGCAGAAGCCGACGAGCUGACAUGUGGGGCAGCCAGCAUGCUGCCCCUAGAGGUGGUCACAGAGGUGGCAUCGGAGGACGGGACAGUGGUCACCAUCAAGCAGGUGCUCAGCAACCCACAGCCCUCUGGACAGUCCCUGCCUAAGAAUGAAGACAGUCCUGAGGAAGCCAGCGGCCCUGUGGUGGAGCCGAGCCCGCGCUCCAACGCCAUGCUGGCAGUGAAGCACGGGGUGCUGUAUGUCUACGGGGGCAUGUUUGAGGCAGGAGACCGCCAGGUCACCCUCAGCGACUUGUACUGCCUCGACCUGCACAAGAUGGAGGAAUGGAAGGCUUUGGUGGAAAUGGACCCAGACACUCAGGAGUGGCUAGAAGAGGAGACAGACUCUGGUGAGGACAGCGACCAGGCCGAGAGUGGGGAGGAGGACAGCUCGGAGGACAGCAGCGCUGAGGAUGGAGGUGAGCAGGUGCGGGGAGCCAGGCAUACGUCAGAUCACAAGCCUCUUCCCUCCUAAGGGUAAAGAAAGAUUUCACAUUUUUAUGAGAUUUUUAUUAGAACUGGCUGUAGUUUAUGGAUGUUUUGAGGCAAACGAAAGCUUCCAAGAAUUCUGGGUGCCCAAGCAGCUAUGGGCAGCAGUUCGUUCAUUCAAUGAAGGCUCUUGGUCAAGUUGUAAUACCCAUAAGCCCAGCACCAUCUCCUCACAGUCCACCCAGGCCUCCCUCUCAGCUGAAUGUGCUGCUUUCUCCUUCCCUCCUCCUCCCAUGUGGAAGGAGCACCCAGCAGCAGCACCUGGCGAGCAGUUUGCUGACUACCUGCCCAGGAUGGAGGGACACUGGGUGAAGCUGGCCCGGGACAGCAUGGGGCCCUACGCACAGGAGCGUGAGGUGCUGAGUGCAGCCCAGGCCACGAUGAAGGCUUUCUUUGAUUCUUACAAGACUCUGUGCAAGGCUGUGUGGGGUGUUGCGUGCAGCCGAUGCCCUCGGCUUUGUGGUGUCUAAAUAAAUCGGACUUGAAAGGAGCCCUUUGCGCAGCUGUCCCUCUGCAGCCACGUGCCCGUGGUCUGGCGAGGCUCUGUC